AUGAAGCUGCGGUUGAGACGACACGAGACCAGAGAAACACUAAAACUCGAAUUGGCCGAUUCGAGCACCCUCCAUGAUCUCCGGCAACGGAUCAAUGCAUCGUCGCCUUCCUCCGUUCAUCUAUCGCUUAAUCGUAAGGACGAGCUCCUCGCGCCUUCGCCGGAGGAUACGCUCCGAUCUCUUGGCGUAACAUCCGGUGACCUUAUCUACUACUCUCUCGAUCACUCCGCUUUCAUUUCAUCGGUCCAGGAGAUCGAAUCAGCUUCAUCCGUCGAGGCACAUCAAGCCCUAGUUCCAAAUGGCGAAUCUUCGAAGGGGAAAUCGGGAGAAUCUGAAACCCUAGGUCCUCAAUCGGAGAGAAACCACGAUUCGAUAGGUACUGGAUUCACAGAAGUCGAUGUUGAUAUGAAUAUCGAAGAUCAAUCGAGUAUCGAUCUGAAUUCAGGCGUUGAAGAUCCAGCGGAAGGAUCCACGGGUCCAGAGCCGAUGGAUGUUGAGCUUGAGCAGCUCGAUUUGGAGCUCGAUGCUGCUGGAAGCAAAAGGUUAAGCGAACCAUUCUUCUUGAAAAAGAUAGUGCUUGAGAAAUCUGGGGAUACGAGUGAGUUAACUAUCAUAGCUUUGUCAAUCCACGCCGUAAUGUUAGAAUCUGGGUUUGUGCUGUUGAACCACGGCUCUGAUAAGUUUAGCUUCUCAAAGGAGUUGCUUUCGACUUCCCUAAAGUACACUCUCCCUGAGCUAGUCACCCGUAAAGAUGCGAACAAGAUCGAGUCCGUGACAGUGAGGUUUCAGAGCUUAGGCCGUAUGGUUGUAGUUUACGGAAUCGUAGGCGGUUCUAGUCGGAUGAUUCGUCUUGAUAAGCAGAGGUUUGUGCCGGUGAUUGACUUGGUUAUGGACACGUUGAAGUUUGAGAAGCAAAGCUCUUGUAGCGAGUACAGAGAGGUGUUCACGUUCUGGAGAAUGGUGAAAGAUGGACUCGCGAUGCCGUUGCUGAUCGGUCUCUGCGAUGAGUCUGGCUUGGAGCUUCCACCGUGUUUGAUGCGUCUACCAACAGAGCUAAAGCUGAAGAUACUGGAGUCGCUUCCUGCCUCGAGCGUUGCGAAGGUGUGCUGCGUUUGUACGGAGAUGCGGUACGUGGCGUCGGAGAACGACUUGUGGAAACAGAAGUGCUUGAAAGAAGCUAAGCAUCUCGUUGCGAGUGGAUCGUCCGGUGACUCGGUUAAUUGGAAGGCGAAGUUUGCUGCUUUUAGGGUGCAUCAGGCGAAAGAUGCUGCUUUUUGGAGGAGGCAAAGCCGAGUGCAGUUUCCGUACUUUCCGAUGAGAGGAGGCCGGAGUCGAUAUCCUGUGAUCUUUGAAGCCCCACGACUUGUUGGAGAUCGAUCCAUCGGUUUUCACCGGGGACCACCUGCUCGGGGGCUUGGCGGACGGUUCGGAUGCAUUCUCGGAGGAAGCGACUAG